AAGCCGAAAAUACAAUAAAAGAAAUAAAAAAAUAUGAAAGUGAACUUGAUGAUUUAAGAUGUACAUUGAAUUCAUUAAUAACCGAAAACGAAGAAUUUGCGGCCGAGUUUGAAGAAUUGAACAAUCAAUGUAACGAAAUCAAGGAACUUCAAGAAGAAUUAGCUAAAGAAAAAAAGUCAAAAUCAACAGUUGGUAAAUGA